AUGACUGUUGAAAACAGAACCGUGAAGAUCUGCAGCGUUGCAGACCCUUCCUCGCCCGACGCAAACGGGGUUUCUUGCGAUAACUCUUACAUUCUGUAUUACCAAAGAACUUGCGACUUCCGGUCAUGUCGAUCAAAGGUUUGUAAGUUGAAAGCGACAUGUGACCAUCCUUUCACGGUCACUAGAGUAGAGGACUCUCAAUGUGAGUUCCUGGGGAAGCAGCAGGAUCUUGUUGGGCUGAGCCUGGACGAGGCUGCGGGAUUCAGUGUCACCUCGUCAUGGACGUUCAAGAGGGCAGUUUUCCUUGCCAUGUCCAAUCCAGGGUACCACGUAUCGUUCACACUAGAAAGACCUGCACAGAUGCAGCUCUAUUUCUUUGUUAUGACGAUGGAGGAUGUAGAGGACGCUCCAGGUCAACUUGCCCUGGAGAGCUUCCGCAUUCCACAGGAAUCGCCCGUAUCUUUGGAGCCCAUGGCACAUUCCAGCAAGCAAAGUAACCUUCUCUCGAGCUCAUUCUCGUCGUGGACAAGCACAAUCUAUGAGCCAGAAACAAUCUUGAAUUUCAACCAAGAUGACUCUUGCCACAUUCGUAUGGAGGACAGGCAGCUAGUGGGAGCCACCAGGAACCCACUAGAAAUGCAGCACACUCAAGCAUUCAUUGCAGCUGACCUCGUGCGACGAGUUUCCAUGAAAAAAAGCGCUUGCAAUGGGCAAGGUGCAGAGGGAUCGGAUGUGAAAAGGGGAUGUUUCAGCCAUAUUUGUAGAAAUAUCAUGCACUUUCAUCGCAAGUCAAAGGAUUUUCCAGAUCCGACAGCCGAUUCCAACAACGAUUUUGUGCCUCCUCAGAUAUCAUUGCACUUCGAAGAUUCUGCAUGCAAUUCCACUUGCAAUAUGGAGCAUAAAUCAGAUAAGCAGGAAUAUGAAGAUCGUGUCAGAGCUGAUGGAGCAGGCUCGCAGAAGAUGAAAAUUCAUAAGAAGUAA